CCUGACAACACGACUGAGGAAGAUUGUAUAAAGCAGGAGCGAGUCUUAAAUCAAAAUCUUGGCGUUGCAUCUCUUUGGAGUUUGAUCUCCAAUCCAUGGCUUCCUUUGUCUACCUUCUUCUCUUCAUGGUGCUUACACUUACAACCCAAUUCUCCCUCUGUUUCGGAAAGAGUAGCCGAAAGGAAUUAAGGAACAAGGAGGCCCACCUUGAAACAAUGAUACAAUUUGGAAGCUCAAUUCAGACCAACUGGGUAGACCCAUCAAGAGUUGUCUCGGUCUCUUGGCAACCAAGGGUGUUCGUGUACAAAGGCUUUUUGACAGACGAGGAAUGUGAUCAUCUUAUUUCUUUGGCACAGGGUACAAAAGAAACUUCUGAGGGAAAGGAUGAUGAUUCAGGGAGAAUUGAGAGAAACAGGCUGCUUGCAAGCUCGACUUCUCUUCUAAACAUGGAUGAUAACAUACUUUCAAGGAUUGAAGAAAGAGUUUCAGCUUGGACUCUCCUUCCAAAAGAGAACAGCAAACCCCUGCAGGUCAUGCAUUAUGGAAUUGAAGAUGCCAAAAACAACUUUGAUUAUUUUGGUAACAAAUCUGCAAUCAUUUCAAGCGAGCCUUUGAUGGCAACUCUGGUUUUUUAUCUCUCUAAUGUCACCCAGGGUGGUGAGAUAUUCUUCCCUAAGUCAGAGGUUAAAAACAAGAUUUGGUCUGAUUGUACAAAGAUUAGUGAUUCCCUUCGACCGAUUAAAGGGAAUGCAAUUCUGUUUUUCACAGUGCAUCCUAAUACAUCUCCGGACAUGGGUAGCUCCCAUUCCAGAUGCCCUGUCCUUGAGGGCGAAAUGUGGUACGCCACCAAAAAGUUUUAUUUAAGAGCCAUUAAGGUCUUUUCUGACUCCGAAGGAAGUGAAUGCACCGAUGAAGAUGAAAAUUGUCCAAGCUGGGCUGCUCUCGGAGAAUGCGAAAAGAACCCUGUGUAUAUGAUUGGUUCCCCCGAUUACUUUGGGACAUGUAGGAAGAGUUGUAAUGCUUGUUGAAAGCCAAACUCGCAACUCUCUUUUUCCCUUCAUUAAACCAAAGAAAGUACUCUACAGUCUCCAGCUGAUUAUUAUUUUUCAGCAGUUUUUAGAAGGUUUAGGUUUUUAAUAUAGCACAUUCAUUGAUUUA